AUGGAUGUAUUACCAUUCAGUUUCUUCAUUUUUUACUUCUUUAUUAUCAUUUUCUCCUUCAUUCCUUUUAUUCUUUCUUACUAUUUCUUUUUUCACUUAUUUUAUCUUUCUUUCUUUUUCUCUUUGCUUGCCUUUUUAAUUAGGUGUUUUUUCUUUAUUUUCUCUUUCCUUCCUUCCUUUAUCAUCUAUAUUCCUUCCUUCCUUUAUUAUCUAUAUUCAUUCAUUCAUUCAUUCAUAUAUCUAACUUUUAUCUAUACUGAUUUCCUGCUUGUUUUUAGCUUUUUACUUUCUUCUUUUUACUUUUUCACUCUUUACUUUCUCUUUUUUCAGUACUUUUUCUUUCUUUUCCUACAUGUCUUUCUUUUAUUUUAUAUUUCUUUAUCUUUUUCUUUGCCAUUUUAUUUAAGUGUGUGCAAAGAAUUUUCAAUAUUUUAUUUUAUUAAAGAAAGGUUUUCUCUUGUUUUUUCUGUCUCCAAUUUAAAAAAAAAGUUAUGUGAAUGUUUACAAACAUCCAAUAUUUAUUUUCUUUUUCCUUUGAAAUUUCUUUUUUGUUUCUUUUUUCUUUCCUUUUUUUUCCUCUUUUUACUUUCUUUGAUUCCUUUUCUCUAUUUGAUUUUUAUUUUUUCUUUCUUUAUUUUUUCUGACUUUUUUCUCUUUCUUAUUUUUCAAUUUCUUUCAGAAAUAAAUUUCUUUUUUUCUUUAUUAUUUACUCUUUAUUUCUUUCCCUUUCCUCUUUUUUAUUUUCUAUUUCAAUUUACUCUUUUUAUUUAUUUCUUUUUCUUUCCUUUUGUCCGUCUUCACCCUCUGCAGAUUGUCCUUUUAAUUCUUUUUCUUUUCUUUUGA